AUGGACAAGAGUUGGAUUGCAUUAGGUAGCACAGUUGAUGGAAGGAUAAGUUGGGCAUAUAAUGAUGGGGUAAUAUCAUUUCUUCGUUUUGCAAUGGCGGUUAUCGAUCGAGAUGGUAAAAUUUUGUACCCUUGUCGAAAGUGUGUGAAUGUUGUUUAUCAAAAUUUUCAAAUUGUUCAAAUUCAUUUGCUGCAACAUGGGAUUAUUCCAACGUACACUAUCUGGCACGUGCAUGGGGAACCCUGUGAAUCAAAUGAGGCUUAUCAUCAUAAUAUACCUAUUGAGGGCAAUGAGGUUUUGGGAGGUAUUCAUGCCUUAGUGGAAGAUCGAAUAAGAGGGGAAUCAACUAACACAACUCAAGAGGAGGAGGUUCGCACUUUUGAUAAAUUAUUGAAUGAUGCCAAACGUGAGGUGUACCCAGGUUGCACAAAUUACACUUUGUUAAAAUUUGUCAUCGAGAUACUUAAUAUGAAGGUAACAAACCGUUGGAGUAAUAAGUCUAAGUCAGUUGACAUGAUGCUAGAGUUUUUAACAAAACUUUUACCGAAGGAUAAUUUGGUUCCAAAGUCAACUUAUGAAGCUAAAAAAAUACUACGUGAAUUGGGUUUGUCAUACGAGCUCAUUGAUGCUUGUGUAAACGAAUGUGUGCUCUUUUGGAAGGGGAAUGCAACACUAGAUAAAUGUCCAAAUUGUAAGGCUUCUAGAUACAAGACAAAUCAUGGUAGAGGUAAGAAGAUCUCUCGUAAGGUUCUUCGAUACUUCCCGUUAACACCAAGAUUGAAAAGGUUGUACAUGUCGAGGACGAGAGCCGAGGAUAUGAAAUGGUUCAAGGAAAAACGUCUAGAUGACAGUGUAUUGAGGUAUCCUACAGAUAGUGAUGAGUGGAAGGAAUUCGAUACACAACAUCCUGAAUUUGCCUUGGAGCCUCGAAAUGUGAGGCUAGGGUUGGCUACUGAUGAUUUCAACCCUUUCGGAAAUAUGAAUAACUCAUAUAGUUUGUGGCCUGUCGUACUCAUUCCAUACAACUUGCCACCGUGGUUCGCUAUGAAGGACUCAUUUUUCAUGCUGUCAUUACUUAUUCCUGGUGAAUCACAACCAGGAAUUGAUAUUGAUGUCUACAUGAGACCUUUAGUGGAAGAAUUGAAUGAAUUAUGGAAAAAUGGUACAUUAACCUAUGAUGCCUCGACUGGUGAGACUUUCUGCAUGUGUGCAGCUUUGCUGUGGACGAUACAUGAUUGGCCUGCAUUUGGUGACAUUUCUGGAUGGAGAACAAAGGGUCAUUACUCUUGUUACACUUGCAAUGAUAAACCAUAUUUUGAAUCUUUAAGAAGUAAGACUGCGUACAGUAACCAUCGAUGCUACUUGCCUGAUGAUGACCACCCAGAAAGGCGAAAAAGUAGAGCAUAUAAUGGCAUGCAUGAAAAACAGAAGAGAUCUUUGGUGAUACCGAUAGAAAAGUUUGAAGAACAAUUGGGCAACGUGACGGGUGUCACAUAUGGAAAACAUCCAAGCAACAGGAAAAGACGUCACCAGAACCCAAAUUGGACAAAGGUAAGCAUCUUGUAUAAGCUACCGUAUUGGAAGAAAUGGAGGCUUCGACACAACAUUGAUGUCAUGUAUGUGGAGAAGAACUUUAGUGAAAAUGUUUUUGGAACGAUGUUGGGAAUUGAUGGGAAGAACAAGGAUACAGAUAAGGCAUAA